AUGCGUCUUCCUUACGUCUUGUUGAUGCUCGCGACGUCUGCUCUGGUUACCUGCGAGGCCUUGUCGCUGACAAUCGACUCCACCCAGAUCUCCGAAGCUGCAUCACCUGCCAGCUCAAGCCAGAGACUUCUGAGGGCUCGACACGCCACCCGGGAAAACGAUUCUGAAGACGAAGAAAGAGCUCUAUCUACGAGGGAAAUGAAGAAAAUGAAGAAGAAGCUGACGACUAAGGAGGACUUCGCUGCAACACUGGGUAUUGCUGACAAGAUCAGCGAUAAUUUGAACGGUGGCGCUUUGAUGCGAUUCAUGCAAACCACCGAGUAUCAAAAAGAUCGCGCUUACAUGGACUUCUUGAACGACAUGGCUAAGAAGCCGAAGUAUGCGGAUCUGGUGCGGCAGAUCAAGGGACAUUAA